AUGUUUGACCUCAGUUUCCAGACGAAGGACUCUCGCUCGUCUCUGAAGCGCCGGAUGGACGGCCGUCUGUCCCGGACAUCCAGCACGGAGCGGGAAUCGAACCGAGAGACGGACGGGAAGAAAGAGUCGGACGAGAACAAGGAGAACUGGCGUCUCGAUGAAUACCUGAACGACCAGGACAGCUGGAACGACUCCGUCAUCUCCGGGACUCUCCCCCGCCGGGUGAGGAAGGAGCUUCUGGCCGUGAAGCUGAGGAACCGGCCCAGCCAGCAGGAGCUUGAGGACAGGAACAUCUUCCCGGUGCGCAGCGACCAGGAGAGGCAGGAGAUCCGACAGCAGAUCGAGACCAAGCUGGCCAAGAGACUGAGCCAGAGGCCGGCCGUGGAGGAGCUGGAGAGCCGGAACAUCUUAAAGCAAAGAAAUGACCAGACAGAGCAGGAGGAGAGGAGAGAAAUCAAACAGCGGCUCAACAGAAAGCUGAACCAGAGACCCACAGUAGACGAGCUGCGGGACAGGAAGAUCCUGAUCCGAUUCAGCGACUAUGUGGAAGUGGCAAAAGCUCAGGACUACGACAGGCGGGCCGACAAACCCUGGACCCGCCUGUCCGCCUCUGACAAGGCGGCGAUACGAAAGGAGCUGAACGAGUUCAAAAGUACCGAGAUGGAAGUCCACACCUCGAGCAAGCAUCUGACGAGAUUUCACCGGCCAUAGCAAGGUUUCUUCUGUGAAGAGUUGCUGAUGUGUGGUUCUGUCAGUGGAGAUGCAGUCUUCCAGCGCCCGGCCCGCAGUUAGUGGGCGAUCCUGGGAUUCGUUUCCAGCCAACUUUGGAGGCUAUGUCUCUAGAAACGGAGCUGCCGGUUCCGCGGGGAUUUCUGCUCAGAAGACAAAACCUCCUGAACCCGUCCUCCAUGUUGUCAGAGGAGCGAGGCGUUCGCCAUAGACAAGCAGAGACUUCUUUUUGUAAACUUUUGAAAGACGUUCUUUUUGAUGCCACACGAAGGGGGGGAUGUGCAUGUGACAGUCGACUCCCAGUCCCGCUCCAGUUUCAGUAGUCACACCCGAGAGAUGUGUGUGAGUCCCACUGAUUCAGAUGGUGAUGCGUUUCAUAUCAACGGUGUAAACACAAACCUUGUCUGUGUGAAAGACAGAAUUCCCUUUGUAAGCACUAUUUAUUGUCUGCACAAUACAGGUUUUCAAUUUCUAACAAAC